AUGGUGGUGUUGAAAUUUUCACAAGAAUUAUCUAAUCAGAUUAUUAAACGUUUUAAAUCUUAUAGCUUUAACAUUCCUGAUAAUAUCGAUGACAUUAAAAAUUCAAGUAUCCACAAUUAUGGCUAUACAUCCAAAGCAAGUAGUAAUAUUUCAAAAGACAUUCCAAAUGGUUGUAAAAAGGUAUCGCAACCAAUAAAGAGUCAAAUUAUUCAUAUUGAAGGCCAGGAUGAAUUAAUGAAUUCCGAUUAUAAAUCAAAAUCUGACUAUGUGGAUAAUGAUGGUAAGAAAACAUUUCGCUAA